AUGCAGUCGUUGCGACCGCAGCAGCCGCACUCGGCGGCGGGAAUGGCGGCCAAACCUCUCCUGAUGGGCAACGACGUGCUCACCGGCGCGCAGGACCCCCGCCUGCGCCUGCGCCUGCUGCAGUCCCUCCUGACCUCCUUCCUGCCCGCGUCACCAAAGGACCCGAUCGACAUGGGCAGGGUGCGCGCGGCCGUGGCAGUGCUGCGAGAUCAACACGUGCUGGCCGUUGAACCGGACUGGGCGGCCGUUGGGAGUAAUAAUGACCCCAGGAGGCGGGCUGUAGACGCGUGGUGCAGCAGGGUGUUCGCGUUAUUGGCAUCUCCGCUGCCGGCGAAUAGGUGGGCGGCAUGUGUGCUGGCAGGUGCCACGUGUGCAGAGAGCACAGCUCAGCGCGUGAUUGACACGUACGCCAAGUGGUGGGGGCGGCUAGCCGCCCUGCUGAAGGCGAAUAAGACAAAAGGAGGCGGUGUGGGAGGCGAGAAGAGCACAAGACAGCAGCAAGAAGGGAAGGAGGAGGAUGGGGAAGAGGAGGGGGAGGAGGGAGAGGAGGGGAAGGAGGGGAGAGGGAAUGGGAGGGGAAAGGAGAAGGAGAAGGGGGGUGGGAAGGGCAAGGAGGCAAUAGUACCAGAUACCAUGUUUGUGCGUGUUGCUGCUGCUGCUGCCCUUGCUGACCUUUUCUCGAGGCUGGCAACUUUGUCUCAUGUGCAGAGCGUGCGCAAGGAGGCUGGCACUCUGGCCGGCAAGCUUUGGCCGUUUCUUGCGGAGAUGAUGGGCAGCACCGAGAGCACACAAGCAUGGGCCUCUCCUUGCUUCGCCCACCCAUUUUCUGCCAUUCUCGUUCGCCUAUCCAUUCUCUGCCACGCCUCUCCGUCCCCUCCCUCCCUCCUUCCCUCCCUCCCUCCCUCCCUCCCUCCCUCCCUCCUUCCCUCCCUCCCUCCCUCCCUCCCUCCCUCCCUCCCUCCCUCGCACCCUCUCUGCGCGCCUCCUGUGCCCUCCCUCUCUGCCCUUCCUUCCCCCUCCUGCCAGAGCGUGUGCCUUUCGCUGCUCUCUCUGCUGCUUCGCUCCUUCCCCUCCAGCUUCAAGCACCAUGUGCCAGCGUCCUGCUGCAGCCUGCUCGUGCUGCUUCCCCGUGCCUCCGGGGACCCCGCCCUCUGGUCGGCCUUCAUGCGCCGCCUGCUGCUCUCCACGCACGCCGACCUCGAUACUCUGCUCUCGGGCUUCGAGGAUGCUGACGAAGAGCCUGUGCGAUCCAAGGCCCUGGCAACUCUCCUGCACUCCAAGAGCGCAGCUUUGCCGGUGCCUCUGGUCCCCGAGCAUGCACACUGGAUCGCUGCUAACUGCUCCAAGGAGGACGAGCAGCAGCAGGAAUCAAGCGGGCAGGGGCAGCAGGGGCGGAGCAAGCAAGGAGGGCAGACGUCAAUGUCAAACGCAAAUGGCAGCGGGAGCGGCAGCGGCAGCGGCAGCAGCAGCAGCGGUGGAGAUCCCGAGGCGGUGUUCCGGCGGGUGGUGCCACGGCUGCACGCGCUGCUGCUCACGUGCCAGCUGGCGAUCUCUCAGGGGUUCUCUGCUCCGGUCCCAGCGCCCCUCUCCGCCCUGCUGGCUCUCGCCAACCGCCUUGUAUCAGCCGAUGCUGUAAUUAGACUCACGCAAGUGGAGGGCACAGGGAUGGUCAUCCCUCUCUCUCUCCUCGCUUCUGGAGGGAGAGGAGGGAGAGGAGGAGGGGGAGGGGGAGGGGGAGGAGGGGAUGGUUUUGAUGCGGGGGAAGGUCCGGACGGCAUGGACUCGGCGUUUUCUGCCGCCCGCCAGCUGGCGCUGUGCGUGGAGCUGCCAGCGCUGCAGUGUGCGGGGCUAAGGAUGAUGCUGGCCGCGCUGCAGGGCGUGAGGAACCACAUCCUGCCCCAUGCAGCCACCAUCUCACACACGCUUGUAUCAGCCUUUCGCCGAGCAGCAGCAGCGGGGGACGACGCCACAGCGCUGCCAUUCAAGGUGCUGCUCUACCGCACGGCCACACAGUACCUCUAUGCGCUGGGCGCCGGCAUGAUGACGCAGAUCGCCCCAAUAGUGGUGGGGCGGGGCAUCACAGACCUCAAGCAGGCCGUGCCGGCACUCUUCUCCCCAACCAACCAGCGUUCGCCAGGUGGCAGCAUGGCAUUCGACGCCGCUCCCGGCGCGGCAGCAGGCAGCGGGAAGCUGGGCGGAGCGGGCAGCGGAGGGGGAAGUGCAGGGGGAGGGGCGGGGGGAGGUGCAACUGGGGCAGGUGUUAUCUCGGGCAGUCGGUGCCUGCAAACCGUUGAUCUGCAGAUCGCCAUUCUGGAGGCUCUUGAGGCGCUGCUGGUGGCGGGCGGCCCUCUGUUACCGGAGCACUGGCGCAUGGAGGUCGACGCAGCACUCACCUGCACCGCUGCCAUUGCCCUCGGCACCGGCGGUUACGACUCCAAUUUCAACUCCACUCACGGUUACAACUCCGGUUACAGCUCCCCCAGCACACACGCGCACAUGCCCUGGACGCCUGGGUCGGACCGUGCAAUCAGAUCGCUCCAGCUAGCAGCAUCGCGUGCGCUCCUAGCCUCCCUCCUAGCCCCAUGCAAAUACCGCCCACCGUACCUCGGGCAAGCACUCAGAAUCUUCCGGCAGGGGAGGCAACAGCUGGGGACGGAGGUAGCUGCGCUCUGCUCCUUUGCUCUGCUGGCUCUCGAGCCGGUGUUGCAUCCCAGGUGUCUCCCCCAUUCGUCCUCCAUCCACCCGCUCUCGUCGCUGCUCGUCCCGUCGCAACCCCCGCCGAACCUGCAGCAGCAGCAGAUGCGGCAGCAGGAGCAAUUGCAACAGGAGCAUUUACAGCAGCAGCAGAUUUUGGGCGGCUCACCCGCCCCUUCUGCCAGCCGGCCGGCCAGUUCCAACAGCCUGCUGCCGCCUGCCGCCCAGACAACUCUCGCCGCCCCUGCUGCCGCCCAGCUGCCGGUCCCUGGCUCUAUGGCCAUGAAUCUCUCUGCUGCUGUGGGAGGGGGUGCUGCAGGGGGGAUGGGCGGAGGUAUGGUGGGGGCAAUGGGUGGGGGCAUGGGCGGAGGGAUGGGCGGAGGUAUGGUGGGGGCAAUGGGUGGGGGCAUGGGCGGGGGGAUGGGGGAUGGAGGAGCAGGGGGAGGAGGUGGAGUGGGGGCGUAUGGGGGGAUGCUUGGAGCAGCUGGGGGAGGUGGUGGAGGGUUCACAGGGGGAAUGGGCGGGGGGAUGGGUGGAGGGAUGGGCGGAGGAAUGGGCGGGGGGAUGGGAAGAGGGAUGGGCGGAGGAAUGGGUGGGGGGAUGGGAGGGGGGAUGGAGGGCGGAAUGGGUGGUGGUGCCACAGGGCUUGGAGUGCUGGGUGGCGAUGUUUGGCCGUUAGCGGACCUGUGGACGGAAGUGGACGGGUACGGCACAUUCGGGCACGACCUGAUGGAGAUCGGGGGAGGCGCAUCUGGUGCAGGUGGAACUGGUGGGGCCGGGGCAGGUGGAACUGGUGCAGGCGUGACUGGCAUGGUCACCACAGGGGGACAGGCAGGUACGGGAGAAGCUGGGGGGGCAUCUGGCGGGUUUGGGUCCAUGGAGGGACAAGCAGCAGCAGCAGCAGCCAUGCCUAUGGAUACUGAUGGGGCUGCUGGUCCUGUUGCCGCUCCUGCCAUGCCCAUGGCCCCUCCUCCUGCGCCUCCUCCUCCUGCCCCCAAGGAUGUGCGGGCUGCAGCUGCUACGGCCACUGCUGCUGCUGCUAAUACUGCUGCUGCACCACCAGAGGAAGCAGCAGCAGGAGCAGCAGGAGCGGGUGCAGCACCUGCGGUUUCAUCACAGAGUGACAAAGGAAGUGGGGGGCGAGGGAGAGGAGCGAACCAACGAGGGAAAGGGGCAGCAGCAGGAGCAGGAGGAGGGGGCGGAACAGGGGGAGAAGGUGGAGCAGAGAAGGGAGGGAAGCGUAGAGAUGUGGGGAAGGAGAUUUUUAUAAAGACGCUCGCGCCGGCUGUGGCCCGAUUCCUUAGUGCCAAUGACCCCUCCUCCAUCUCUGCCUCUGCUGGUGCUUCCCCCUCCGUGUCUGCUGCUCCUGCUGGCAGCAGUGGGUCUGCUGGUAAGAGCAGGAGAGGGGCUGCUAAAAACGACCAAGGCACUGCUGCUGCUGCUGGUGCUGCCGCUGCUGCCAGUGGUGGGGCUGGUGGUGGGUCUACAGGCGGAUCAGGGUCAGGGAAGCAGGAGAAUGAACAGGCUCAGACUGGAGGAGGUUCGGCGCUCGCAGGUUCGGCACCUGCAGGUUCGCAUGGAUACGGGGCAAGGAAGGUGGUAACCACUGUGGAGGAGGCGGAUGCUGCUGGGCUGGAGGCUGCUAGGAGGGCGAGGGAGUCCCGAACCAAGGCUGCUGCCAUGGCUCGCAUGCUGCAGGAGUCUGGCUACCUGGGGACUGGAGGCUCGGGAACUCCAGGUUCGGGUGCUGCAGGUCUGGGGACUGCGGGUUCGGGUUUGGGCUCCGGUAAGGUUGGAGGUUCGGGACAAGAAGGGCAAGCUGGUUCUGCAGCUGGUGUUGGGGGAAAUGCUGCUGCUGCUGGUGCUACUGCUGCUGCUGCUUCUGGUAGUGGUGGUGGUUGUGGUGGUGGUGGUGGUGGGAGAGGGGCAUCUGGUGGUGCUGCAACUUCAGUUGCUCCAUCAACUGGAGCUGAUUCUGACUCUGAUGGCCCGUUGCCUGAAAUUGUAGUUGAGGAUGACCUUGAGUUCUGA